UAUAAGCAGAAAAGGAAAGGAGAAACAUAAAUCUACACACUUUUACACACCAGAACAUCAAAUACAUAAAUCUACUCGCACUUCUUCCACCUCUCCACUCUUUCUCUACAGUCCAAACUCCAUAGUCCUGACCUUUGAGCUGCAAUCGUCAAAGUUAGGGUUACUAAUUCAAUCCAAACUCCCAAAUUUUGAUCCUCUCACUCUCUUUUCUCUUCUUCAAGAUCUCCGUAUACCUAAUCUCACACGAUUAUAACAAAAACCAAUCACAACUUCAUCAGCAACACGUAGGAUUCCCGUUUUGUGUUUUUGUCGUAGUUUUUGCGUGUAGUUGAUCAUGGAUGUGGAUGGGGGGAGGCGGGUCUUCCACAGAAUCGGACCAUCGUCUUCGACCGGUAAUGGUAACAACAAUAGUAAUAAGCAGCAGAAAGUUUGUUUCCACUGGAGACAAGGGAAGUGCACGAGGUUUCCGUGCCCUUUUUUGCACAGCGAACUGCCCGCGGUGGGAAAUGGGAAGAGGGCGCACCAGGGAUUUGGGGCAGAGGAUAAUCAUCGGGGCGGUGGAGGAGGACUCAGGAGGAGUGGGAAUAAUUAUUUUAAUAAAAAUAAUACCUGGGAAAGGGUGAAGUCCCAGCAGCCUGCUGGUAGUAAUAUGAGUGUUGUGAAGAAGAUCGAGAAAUUGUGUAAUCAUUGGGUACAAGGAAGCUGUAAAUUCGGUGAUAAUUGUAAAUAUUUGCAUCAGUGGUCUACUGGGGAUUGCUUUACGCUUUUAGCGCCACUUGAGGGACACCAGCAGGUUGUUACUGGGAUUGCUUUGCCUUCGGGAUCAGAUAAGCUUUACACAGGAAGUCAAGAUGAGACUGUUAGAGUUUGGGACUGUCAAUCUGGUCAGUUGGCAGGCCUGGUGAAUUUGGGAGGUGCAGUAGGUUGUAUGCUAAGUGAAGGUCCAUGGGUUUUUGUGGGUUUAACAAAUCUUGUCAAGGCUUGGAAUGUUGAAAUAUCUGCAGACCUCAGUUUAAGUGGACCUGUUGGACAAGUCUAUUCACUUGUUGUUGGCAGUGAUUUACUCUUUGCGGGAACUCAGGAGGGGACAAUAUUGGCAUGGAAAUUUAAUGCAGCCACCAACUCCUUUGAUCCAGCUGCAUCACUCAAGGGUCAUACUUUGGCUGUUGUGACCCUAGUAGUUGGAGGUAACAGAAUGUACUCUGGCUCCAUGGACCACUCUAUAAGAGUAUGGAGCCUGGAAACAUUGCAGUGCAUACAAACUUUAGCGGCGCACACAGAUGUUGUAAUGUCUGUUUUGUGUUGGGAUCAGUUUCUUUUAUCAGCUUCUUUGGACAAAACUGUAAAGGUUUGGGUUGCAACUGAGACUGGUAGCUUGGAAGCAACAUAUACCCAUACUGAGGAACAUGGUCUAAUCACUCUGUGCGGAAUGCAUGAUUCAGAAGCCAAACCUGUGCUGCUAUGCUCAUGCAAUGAUAAUUCCAUCCGAGUCUAUGAUUUGCCAUCAUUUUCUGAGAGAGGAAGGAUUUUUGGGAAGAAAGAGGUUCGCUCCAUACAGAUUGGUCCUGGUGGUCUAUUUUUCACAGGUGAUGGAUCAGGUCAAGUGAGGGUAUGGAAGUGGUCGGCCGAACCAACUGUCACAUUAUGAGUCGCCAUUUAGAGUAACCAUAUAGAAUCCCUUCUUGCCUCGACUUUUUUCUUUUUUCUCCCAUUGUACUAGUAUGGAAAAUGCCAGUUUUGAUUUAUGUUCUCUCCGGUGGCCAAUUAGGUGGUUGAGUCAUCUGAUUAUCCUCCAUGUAACGUGAUUAUGGCGAAUGAUUAAGCCUCGAAUGCAUUGAGCCAUUUGUACUAUUUAGUAAUGAGAAGUUUGAUAUCAUUU